GCUUGUGUAGCAAUGUUAAGCUAAAUGCAUCCAGGUUUCCUGAAUAGUUUAUUUAUUUCAAAGUUAUUAUAAUUUACUGUAAGACUUCAUGGAUGUGAAGUUGUAACGAGCGAUGUAGGAGAAAUACCUCCAGCUAACUGUAAAGUAAACAUUAUAUCAGAUUUCCUGUGUCUCUUUGAGUAGAAAUGAAUCCCCGCCGGUGGUGUCCGUUAGUUCUGAUAUUUUCGGUAGUGUUGUGUGGACGUUCGGCUCACGCGGCCACAGACCCGGGGGUCACUUCAACCGUUACCCCCAGCCCUACAGGUGGGGGGUCGUUCAGUUCAGAGACCCCUGCUCCGGGUCGUAAAGCGCCGGAUGACUUCACAGGGGUCUCCACCACCGAGGCGGUCACCCCGGACCCCAUGACUCCGACUGAAAGCCCGGCUGGGGACACUGAAAACCCCUCUAUGGUCACUGAAAGCCCCGCUGUGGUCACUGAGAGCCCCGCUGUGGUCACUGGAGGUCCUCCUGUAACCACCGUCCAGCCCCUGCUCUCUUCAGAGGGUUGUCUCUGUGAUUUAACCCCUGAUUUCUGUGACAUCGGCUGCUGUUGUGAUACAGUUGACUGUGGGAUUGCGAACUUGAGUACCGUCUUCACCGGAUGUCCUCAGAAAGCCAUAUCAGGAGUUUGCAUUGAGAAAUGGCUGAUGUUCAGGGCUAACGUGAAUACGUCUCUUGUCACUGUGACGGACUCCUUGUUUUGUGUCCGGCCUGAAGAUAAAUCCCCCCAGUCCCUCCCAGCUCCACAGCAGCUUCCUCCUUUAGGGGACUCGUACCACUUCUCCCCACCAGCACCUUUAACCAUCAGCUACAGCAGAGGAUUCUACAGGGUGGAUGAUGUUAUCCAGACAUAUUUAUCUAACUCGCCCGCGCGGGGUUUCCUUCGUCAGCCCUCUCCAGGGGCAGCGUCUGCAUUCUGUAUCAGCCGCAAUCCUGCAAAGUUCAUGAGGUCUGUGUCGCUGUCUUGCACUCGCAUGUUGACUCCUCAGUCCUGCACCACAGACGCAACUCUCAACGCCCGCUCUUACUUCUCCGACCUUAAUCUGAUCAAGACCCCAAUUGUCGAGACAGAACAAGUUUCAGACUUUCUGAUCCCAGUGACUCCACUGUCUGAAUGGCCUGCACCAAGUGAACAAAACAGCUCCUGUGUCAAUGUGGUAAAAAAUGUGGAGAUUGUCAUAGGAUACACAGGCAGAGGGGAAGUGACGUAUGCGACAGUGAACGUAGUCUUAGCUGAUGCGGAUCCAAAUCAGUCGCUGCUGCAGACGCACUCGGUGCAGUUCAAGCUCGCUUCGCCCAGCCCCACUCAGGGAGAUCCGACCUCUGCAGUCGGACUCAGAGUGGGAUCUCCUGUCAUUGGUCGCUUUGAUGGAGAAGUGAAGCCUCUGACCACAUUGUGGGCGUCACAGAGUGGGUCGUGUUCCUCCGACCCUGACAGCCGAGCCCCUGUCCUCUUCACACACAACUCCAUCACUGGCUGCACGUUCAGUUCCCCGGCGUCUAGUAACUGCUCAGAGCUGCGUUCCCAGAUUUACGGGCUCUUGCAGGGACCUGCAGCUCCUGAUGUGAUCGCCAUGAAUUUUGGCUCCCAGCCCGACUGGACGAGAGUAAUCGCCCAGGAGUGUCCCGUCAGCCUAGAGGAAACGUGUGAAUCCGGCUGCGUCCUCCCCAACUCUCUCGCCAUCCAAGUGCUGUGGGCGCGCCAGGGUCUCCUAGACCUUCCCCAGAAAUACAUCCUGGGGGCUAAAUACCUCUUCCAGUGUCAACGUUUCAAAUGUCCUUUGUCGCCCUCUAUCAUUCUAACCACUGAGGUGACGUUUGUCGACACUACACUUUACCCAGAACCCCCCAGGGGCUUGCCACAGCCUAACUGGAAGUUUCCAUUCGGUUUCUUCACUCGAGGCACUUCUGAGCUGGACGGGAAUAUUGUUAUUAAUGGCAGUGAUGCUGAGUAGGUCACUUGGAGUUUAACGCUGUUCACAGUAAUGUUACUAACAAGAUUAGAUUUCCUAACUAGGUAGCUUUCGAGGUUUUGAAGGCUCCUUAGCAAAAUUGUAUAUGAAAGAGUGUGUUAUUUUCUUGUUACACUGUUUUAUUUUUUUAACAAUAUAAAGAAAUGUCUAUCUAAA